AGUCUUCUGCAAACAAAGCAUGAUGGGCAGCGAAACUGAUCAACUUCACGUCCUCUUCUUUCCAUUCAUGGCUCUUGGCCACAUGAUUCCAACCAUAGACAUGGCAAAGCUCUUCUCCGCGCGGGGCGUCAGAGCUACCAUUAUCACCACCCCUCUUAAUGCACCAGUCGUAUCCAAAGCCAUGGAAAGAGGUCAUUACCUGGGGGCUCAAAUAGGACUCCGAGUCAUCCAAUUUCCAUCUGUCCAGGCUGGCCUUCCACAAGGCCUUGAGAAUCUUGAUCAGGACGCUUCUCCGGAAAUUCGCCUUAAAUUCUUCCUGGCUAUGUCUUUGUUUCAGCAACCCCUGGAGCAGCUUCUUCAAGAAUACCGCCCGCAUGGCCUUGUUGCUGACACCUUCUUUCCUUGGGCGUUAGAUGUUGCAUCUAAAUUCGGUAUUCCAAGGCUGGCUUUUCAAGGAACUGGCUUCUUUGCCAUGUGUGCUCUUCAAAGUUUGACGGCACACAAGCCUUACAAGGGUGUGGGGUCAGACACUGAGCCCUUCCUGCUACCUGACCUUCCGGAUGAAAUCAAACUGACGAGGCUGCAAAUUUCGAAUGAUUUGACAUUGGGACUCGAGAAUGACUUCACCAGGUUCUUCAAGGAAGCUCGAGAAUCAGAGGAGAGAAGCUAUGGAACCAUUGUCAACACCUUCUAUGAGCUUGAGCCCGCUUAUGCUGAGCAUUGGAGGAAGGUUUUGGGAAGGAAGGCGUGGCACAUAGGCCCGGUUUCACUAUGCAAUAGAGACGCCCAAGAUAAAACUCAGAGGGGAAAGGCAGCCUCUAUUGAUGAGGAUGAGUGCUUGAAGUGGCUCAAUUCAAAGAAUCCCGACUCUGUGAUAUACGUAUGUUUUGGGAGUGUGUCGAAGUUCCCAGCCGCCCAGUUGCUAGAGAUAGCCAUGGGUCUGGAAGCAUCUGGGCAACAAUUCAUCUGGGUUGUGAGGAAGAACAAGGAUGAAGGAGAUGAGGAAGAGUGGCUGCCCCAAGGGUAUGAGAAGAGAAUGGAAGGGAAGGGCCUGAUCAUAAGAGGGUGGGCACCCCAAACGCUCAUUCUGGAUCAUGAAGCAGUGGGAGGAUUUGUGACACACUGUGGCUGGAAUUCAACGCUGGAAGGCGUGUCUGCAGGGGUGCCAAUGGUGACAUGGCCUGUGUUCGCCGACCAAUUCUACAACGAAAAGCUGGUGACUGCUGUUUUGAAGAUAGGCAUUGGUGUUGGCGCUCAGCGAUGGGUCCCAUUUGUGGGUGAUUUUGUGAAACAGGAUGCUAUAGAGAAGGCAGUGAAGGCAGUCAUGGCGGGAGAAAAGGCCGAGGAACUGAGAAGCCGGGCCAAGUCGCUUGGAGGAAUGGCAAGGAGGGCUAUUGAAAAAGGAGGAUCAUCAUAUACUGACAUGGAUGCUUUGAUAGAGGAAUUGAAGUUGUACCACGCUCAAAUAUAGAGCUG